AUGGCUCCCUUCCCUCCUCCACCCGUGAGCACAAUUGACUGGAGCAACGUCGGCUUCAAAGUCCGCGAAGUCAACGGACAUGUUGAAUCCACCUUCCGCUAUUCCUCUCCCACACCACAAUGGAGUAAACCACGUUUCGUCACUUCUCCUCAUCUUUCAAUCCAUGGCAUGGCCCCCGGCCUUAACUACGGUGUCCAGUGCUAUGAGGGCAUGAAGGCCUUCCGACAACCAGACGGUUCCAUUACCAUCUUCCGUCCAGAUCAGAAUGCUCUACGCAUGCAACGUUCUGCCGAGUUCAUCUCUAUCCCCCCUGUGCCCGAGGAACAUUUCCUGGAAUGUGUGAAUUUGGCUGUGGGCAUGAACGCCGAAUUUGUCCCUCCUCAUGAGACCGGUGCUGCCAUGUAUAUUCGUCCAUUAUUGUUCGGCUCUAGUGCGCAACUGGGGCUGAAUCCACCAGACGAGUAUACUUUUGUCGUAUUUGUGAUGCCGACAGGCGUCUACCACGGCGUGCAUGCCGUGGACGCCUUGAUCUUGGAAGACUUUGACCGUGCGGCGCCGGAGGGAACGGGCAGUGCAAAAGUGGGCGGUAACUACGCGCCCGUGUUGCGGCACAGCGAAAAGGCACGAUCUCAAGGGUACGGCAUCACCUUGCACUUGGACAGCAAGACACGCUCCGAGAUCGACGAGUUCUCCACCUCGGGAUUCUUGGGCGUGCGGAAAGACGGCGACAAGACGGCGAUUGUGGUGCCCGACUCCAAAAAUGUCAUCAAGUCCGUAACGUCGGAAUCUGCCUGCCAAAUUGCCAAAGACAUCUUCGGCUACGGCGUCGAGAAACGUCGGAUUGACUAUAGUGAACUCUCUCAGUUUACCGAAAUCAUGGCCGCCGGUACCGCGGCCAGUCUGGUGCCCAUUAAAAGCAUCACAAUGAAAUCCAAGGGAGAUAGAUUCGAAUAUCCGGUCAACGAGAAGCUGGAUCCGGGGCUGGUCUGCGCGCAGCUGUUGAGCACGUUGAAGGGUAUCCAAAUGGGCAAGGUAAAGGAUCAGUUCGGGUGGAAUAUGAAAGUUACGGAGCCGUCCAAGGAGUUUGCUCAGGCAGCCACUAAUGGCGGCGUUCAUGGCGGUGUGGAUGAGUUGCCGUGA